CAGCGCCCGGCUGUCUCCGUGCGCUCCGCGAGCCACCGGACACCCACUCACACACACACACCUCGUCCCGUGCGGCUGAUCCUCCUCGCGGCCCGGUCCUGCCGUCCCCUGGGAUACCGACACAUUUACCGCCCGCGGCAAUGGUGAUUGACAGAUGAUCUGACAGAGGAAGACAUCAGAGUCCGUCUCCGUGCCGGUUAUUAUGGGGUGUGCCUGUUGCAAGCAGAAGAAGACCAACAAAGCAGCAGCAGCAGCGGCGGCCGCAGCAGCGACAGAGGGUGCAGAUCUGUCUCCCGGCAGCGUCGAUGGGGGCUCCAGCGCUCCGUCCCGCUACUGCCCCGACCCCACCCAGACCAUCCCCGACUUCAACAAGGGCUUCUCGUCCAGCACCCUGUUCCCCAACACCAGCACACAGCAGCGGCCCGGCAUCACAAGCGGCGGAGUCACUCUCUUCAUAGCUCUGUACGACUAUGAUGCUCGCACCGAAGAUGACCUCACAUUCCAGAAGGGAGAGAAAUUUCAUAUCAUCAACAAUACAGAGGGUGACUGGUGGGAGGCUCGGUCUCUGGACACUGGCAAAUCAGGCUACAUCCCAUCCAACUACGUAGCCCCUGUAGACUCCAUACAGGCCGAGGAGUGGUAUUUUGGGAAGAUGGGGAGGAAGGAUGCGGAGAGACAGCUGCUGGGCCAAGGCAACCAGCGAGGAACUUUCCUCAUACGAGAGAGCGAGACCACCAAGGGUGCUUAUUCUCUGUCGAUCCGUGACUGGGACGAGAACAAGGGAGACCACGUCAAGCACUAUAAGAUCCGCAAGCUGGACAACGGUGGCUACUACAUCACCACGCGAUCGCAGUUUGACACUGUGCAGCAGCUGGUGGAGCACUACACAGAGAGGGCGGCGGGGCUGUGCUGCCGUUUGAUUGGCAGCUGUAGGCGGGGCAUGCCUAAGCUGGCCGACUUAUCGGUGAAGACUAAGGAUGUGUGGGAAAUUCCUCGUGAAUCCCUCCAGCUGAUUAAAAAACUUGGCAACGGCCAGUUUGGAGAAGUCUGGAUGGGCAUGUGGAACGGCACCACCAAGGUAGCAGUGAAGACUCUGAAGCCAGGCACUAUGUCCCCCGAGGCCUUCCUGGAGGAGGCUCAGAUCAUGAAGAGACUCCGCCACGACAAGCUGGUGCAGCUCUACGCCGUCGUGUCUGAGGAGCCCAUCUACAUCAUCACCGAGUUCAUGAGCCAAGGGAGUUUGCUGGACUUCUUAAAAGACGGGGAGGGCCAGAGUCUGAAGCUGCCUCAGCUGGUGGACAUGGCUGCACAGAUUGCAGCAGGAAUGGCCUACAUUGAAAGGAUGAACUACAUCCAUCGUGACUUGCGAGCAGCUAACAUCCUCGUCGGCGACAAUCUGGUGUGCAAGAUCGCCGACUUUGGCCUGGCGAGGCUCAUCGAAGACAACGAGUACACAGCCAGGCAAGGGGCUAAAUUCCCCAUCAAGUGGACGGCUCCAGAGGCGGCACUGUAUGGACGCUUCACCAUUAAGUCAGAUGUCUGGAGCUUUGGCAUCCUACUCACCGAACUUAUCACCAAGGGACGUGUGCCGUACCCAGGCAUGAACAACCGUGAGGUGCUGGAGCAGGUGGAGAGGGGCUACCGGAUGCCCUGCGCCCAGGGCUGCCCCGCCUCACUCCAUGAACUGAUGCUGCAGUGCUGGAGGCGGGAGGCCGAUGAGAGGCACACCUUCGAGUACCUGCAGUCCUUCCUGGAGGACUACUUCACCGCCACGGAGCCCCAGUACCAGCCGGGAGAAAACCUGUGACCGCACGCCCAUGGAGAAAUAAAGGGACCGCCAUACAGAGAGAGAGAGAGAGAGAUAGAAACAAUCCACCAACACAUGCGCUGACAGACACAUGAAAAUGCACAUGUAAAUGCUUUCAUCUGUGUGUGCACACCUAAACACAGAUGAACACACACUCAAAUACUCAACCACACACACACACACACACACACAUAGAGAUACAUAUCAUUAACUUGUUUAGUUGUUUAAAGCCAGUUUCUGUUUGUGGCCAUCGUUCACUGCAACCAAUCCAGGACAGACUAAUCAAGCAUAACGAAGAGUCUUAGCUCUACUGGUCAAGCCUUCUCCUGUUGUUGCUUCACUCUGUAACCAUGACAACAAUGAACUAAAAGGAGAUGUAGAUUGGGGGAGGGGUUCCAGGUGUCAGUCCCAAGAGAGCUUUAUAGUAUAUGUGUUCAGGUCCUUUGAUUUCUCUGCCUAAGUAUGGUGUUUUAGUCCGCCAACCAUUUCCCCGAGCGAAAUAGCCUGAUACAGGAAACAUUUUGUUCUGACAAACAGGGAGAGCAAGACGGACUGAUGGAAUUGCAUUUGCAAUUUUGAUACCUUGCUAGACAAAUUCCUCUUUUUUUCUUCUUUAAUGUGGUAAAUGGUUGGACUGAUAACCUUAAAACUUGUCCGUAAAGCUGUUACAACAAACACAGGACAACAAGUCAUUCCAAGGUGGAGAAAUUGAAGGAAAUGCAGAACUCCCAAGCAGAUCCUGUACUGACUCAUUUGUAAAAUGAUGUUACCUUCUUACUGAACUGAGGUCGGCUUUGGUGUCUUAUUGCUCUUUCAGUGUUUUGAUGAAAAGGCCGUUGAUCUGAUCCAUGCUCGUCUCCUGAUAUGGGUGUUGGUUUGGAGGAAACUUAGAUAGGAACUGAAUUAAAACCAGUUGCCAAUGUGUGCCUAAGUGUGCUGUACAAUGCCAAAUUAAGAGCCUUUUUUAGAUUUAAGAACCUUUUUUUUUUUUUUACCAUGUUACCAAAUUUGGAGGGAGUUAAGGAUUGCUCUGUGUUGUUUGUCUGAUAUUUUGUAUGGCAAUUUUGUAUGAACUGUCUCUUUUUUUUGUUUUAAUUUAACUCAAAUAUAUCUCUGCAACCCAAAGAAUUAUAUAUAUCUGAAUCUUAGCUAAUAUGUAGUCUAUACAAUUUUCAUCUGCUGGGAGGGCAGGGUGAAGAGUUACACAUUAAAGAGGAAAGAUGAAUACUGAUGGACUUCAGAAGGAUAGUCUUUUUGUUCUAAGUUUUUAACAAGAUUAUAACCUUUAUGUUGAGAUUCUCCUGCAAUGUAAUUGUAAUAAAGAUCAAUAUCUUUUCAGGUUGAUGUACAGUAUGUCUCUUAUUCUGCUG